GCGAGUAGAGGCUUACAAUACUGGUGGUGCUGUGUGGUGAACUAGUGUGUGACAGCACCGCAGUUAUCCCAGUCUGCUUUUGCUUACGCUUCUUGGGUUAGUGUCUUCCUGAAGGUGUGAGAAUGAGGGGAGGUGUGUGCGUGGUGGUGGUGUUGGUAGUGUCGGUGGUAGCUGACAGUGACCAGGACCAGCUGGGACCCACACGCCGCAGCAAUAUCCAGGAGUCCUUGCCUGAUGUCUUCCCUCAACCUACCAAAGACACCUUACCCCAAGCUAGAGGUUUUCCCUACAAGUUCGAGGAGAUCGCCGUGGCAGCCCAAAAGAACACUGAGAUAGAGAUAGGGUCACCAUACACCAUCAUGAAGAAGCAGCUGGAGGCCCCAGAGCACCACCACCUACAGGAUGUGUCUCUCUUAACACCUUACUCACCAGCCCGGGAUGACGACACUCGCCAACAACUCAGAAACAACAAAGAUAAAGGAUCGGUGAUACUCAGAGGUCAAGUGACACGCGAGUCUUCCUGAACAUUGAACACUCCUUAGUAAUUAUAGUCCAAAAAUAAACAAAUAAUUUUACAUUAACUCCCGCGUGUUUAAGCGAAGUAAACACAUAAACAACGGGGCCACAGUUUGGUCGUUGAGAACCAAGUGGACUUGUUAAGGGUUGUGAGGGUGGCGGCCUGAGACACGUGAAGAUGACGGGCGGGAGAUGUGUGAUGGUGGCGGUGGCGGUGUGUGUGUUGGUGCUCACAUCCCCAGCUAGCAGUGGCCAGUACCAGCUGUCACGCACCUCUACAGAUGACCACCUCCACCGUGUACUCCGGGAGGUCGCAGAAAAACAACAGCCUGUAGAAGUUCCACCUCAUACAGAACAGCAGGAAAGAAGAUUUCCUUACAUUUUCGAUGAGGUCGCCGCGGUAGCCCAGAAGAGGAGGAAAGUUGCCGUAGGGGCGCCAUACACCUUGGUGAAGAAACAGCUGGAGUCUUCAGGGCACUACGAGCACACCGUCAACACCGCGGAGGCCAUAAACCUGCCGACGGUAGACAAACUCGCCCAGGCCCAGAAGAGAAGACCUCAGGGACAGUGGCCGUUUCGGUCACUCAGCAAGACGGAGCUGGACUUCAUUGGUAUUAUGGCAGCCAUCAUAGUGAAGCUGGUCAUGUCAACGGCCCUGGCCACCUGGUUCAUGGCGGCCGGUCAGGUGCUGUACGGCAUCGCUUCCUUCACCAGCGGCACCAGCAUCUUCGGCAUGGACUCCGCCAUCAAGUUCAUCUACCUGACGGUACCUUUUGUGGAGGCUCUCAUGAGAGGAGACACAGCCUUUACUCAGUAGCCUCACAACUCACCCACCCCAUGGUGACUCCACCUCCAUGGCUACCUCGCCUCCCAUGUGUAUUACUCCAGGCCCGGAGUCUCACAGAAUCUUACAUUAGAUUCUGUUGACUAUGUCCUCCCACUGUUGACCACCUGACCAACUGUUACCAUUUAGAGGUUGACGGGUUGUUAGGUGUUAAGUGAGUCACGCGCCCCAACGGCAAAUUCACUGACCUUUUUCGUGGAAAACAGCUUACACCUAAGAUACUGAUUGUAUUAAACAUUCAACAGAAAUAAAAUGACAGUGAAUUCGUUGAUCUGGCGGUGUGACUCAUUUAACACCCAACAUCUCGUCAA